CCAAAGAGAUCGAGAGAUGGCGGAGCGGGCGGCGUGGAAGUGCCGGGUCCGGAAGCGCGUGCUGAAAGUGGAGGCGCUCUGCCAGGACUCCUUCCAGCGCCUCUUCCACGCGGCCACCCUCAUCCGCCACCCGGGCGACGCCAGCAAGGCGGCGGAGCUUCUCCAGGGCGUGUCCACCAGCCUCACCCUCGCCGCCUCCUACAUGCAGGCGGCAGAGCUCCUGGCGCUCCGCGGCGGCAGCCCCCACCCACGCCGGCCGCUCCCCUCCCUCGCCGACCUCCACCCGGACGCCGCCGACGUGCGGGCCGCGCUGCUCAGGGUCCAGGCCGCGGCGGCGACCCACGAGGCCACGCGCCUGCACCUCCAGUGCUGCCGCGGCCGCCUCGCCACGCUCUGCUUCCUGCUCGACCGCCAGAGCAAGCGCCAGCGCCAUGGCUUCCACGCCGUCACCGAACCCCAGCGCGCCGCUGCCUUCGUCGCCCUCGAGAACGCCAGGCACUCGCUGCAUGCCUGCGUCAUGGAGAUCAACAUCGCCCUCCUCGCUCUCCCUCCCUGACUGUCUCGGUCGCCAUGGAUGUCAGUCGUCUCGAUCGUCCGCCUGCCAACUUUCGCAGCCGACCGCGCUGAAACUCUGAUCCAACUGUUGCUUCUUUCUGAUCUGUUGCAAACUGGGAUCGAUGUAUGAACGAUACGACGCAGCGAGUCAUUUUCGAUCGGAUUCUUAUGUCUCAUGCUUUCGUUUGCGGAUGUAAAAAUGCUUCAGUGCUCUCAACUUGCAAAGGCAGUCUCGCACACAGACUGUUUUUCGCCUUGUUUUUUUCUGCAUUGUAUGUAAUCUCUUUGGGCUUGUCUAAGAACAGGAACAGGUUAAUCAAUCUGAGUGUAAUUAGCUGCUGCUGCGUGCUUCAUCGUUUCAGCCGGUGUCUUGGAUUUGUAAUUGACUAAUUCCAGAAUCAGGUUGGCCUGAUCUAUUGUUCAAAUUAGGAUGAUCACAUCUAUGACAGCACGCGCGGAUCAGAGUUGCAUACGUGCUACGAUUGAUUUGAUAUUAUGCCAGCUGUGAGCCACGGGAAUUCACCGUCUCCCUCCCCCUGCGGUUUCAAAAGCGGGGCCCACUCCGCCAGGCUGGCAGGCAGCAGCCCUGACGCCACCAAACAACCACCGCCCGCGACAGAGCGAGAGAAGGAGAUAAUAGAUGGCCGCGGGGGCCGAUCCGGACGACGACGGCGGCGGCGAGCACCAACGCCGGAAACGCGGCGGAGGCGCUCAGGGUCGUGGCCGGCAGCCUCACGCUCGCCUCGUCCGACAUGAAGGCGGCCGAGCUCGUGGGGCUGCACCGUGCCAGCUCCAACCCGCGCGGGCAGUCGAGCACUUGGACGACAAGGGAGGCCCCCAACUCCGCAGCCAGGGCGGAGGCGGCGCCCGCCUCGCCACGCUCGACUUCCGCGCCGUCGCCGAAAGCCAGCGCGCCGCCCUCGACGAGGCCGUGGACCUUCUUCGAGACAUCGUCGUCCUCUGCUCAAACUCCCACCUGGUUCUCCCCGCGAGUUGAGUGCAUCAGUCAGUGCCCGCCCCCGUUUGCUGAGUCCUUAGUUACACAAGUUACUCGUCCGAGCUCUUCUUUCUGAUUCCUGUAUUUUACGCCUUGUUUUUCUGCAUUUACUGUAUGUUUGGGGUUAAUCAAUCCUGGUGUAAUUAGCGUGCUUUAUCGUUUGAGUUGGUAUCUUGGAUUUGCAAAUGACCUAUCGUUCCAGAAUCGGGGCAUUGACCUGAUCUGGUUUUGUAUUUCCUACUUGUGAGGCACAUGCUCUAUUAAUUUGUUCAA